CGCACCUGUCUGUGGGAGGAGCACAAUGUUUCCCUUUCUUUCUUUACCGUACAUUUGUCUGGUAUGGUAUAGAGAAAGCUAGAUUGCAUUGUGAGACAGUAAGGAAGCAUUGUUUAGAUAUAACACGAACUUAAAAAGUAACGAUGCACUUCAACAUACCCGUUAUAGAAGAACAAACAGAUAAGAUCGGUGGGCGGUUUGUGGUGUAUCAUGUUUACUUGGACGGGUUGCUGUACUGUAAAAUGAAAUACAGCGACAUGCACAAGUGGGAUGAAGAGCUGAGAAGGGUCUUUGGGGACUGUCUUCCACCCUUUCCCCCAAAUUAUUACCUCUCCAUGACUGAGACUAUGGAAGAUGAACGAAGACUCCUACUGGAGCAGUACCUUCAGAAAGUCAGUGCCAACUCAAGCAUUUCAAAGCACGAAAUAUAUACGUUUUUAAGAAAAAUGCAACAGGAAACAUUCAAGAUUCCUGUACAAAAUUGUCUCCUAGAAGUUUUACUGCCAGAUGGGGAGAAGGUUAGGGCAGAUAUUCAGUCAUCUGACCCAGCUGAAAGAGUCCUGGAGAUUGUGUUUUGUAAGCUGCAGUUGCCCAGGCAGAUGCUAGAAUAUUUCAGUCUGUUCCUGGUGGAAGGGAUCAGUGGAGGGCAGUACUCUGUUUUGAAAAAGCUGGCUCCAUUUGAACUGCCUUACGUGACUCUGAAGAGUAUGAGCGACGAGCAGUGCAUGAUCAUGAUCAGAAAAAGCUACUUUGACCCAGAAAUUGACCGAAUAGUCAUGGAGAACAGCUGUGGCUUGAAUCUCCUGUAUUUACAGGCUAUUAGUGACAUGGAGAUGGGAUGUUGGACACCCGCAAAUGAGCAGCUUGAAAAACUGAGGUCGCUACAGAAAACAGGCCGGAAGAAAGAGUUUUUAGAAGUUGCACAGCAAGUUAAGCACUAUGGCUAUAUGCAGGCUGAAGCUUGCAUCUGUGAACACCCAGAGCCAAACAGCCCUACUGUUGUUAGGGUGGGAUAUGAGGAAAUUAAUUGCUGCACCCAGUUACUUAGCAACCAAGCUGAAGAGACCAGCUUUGAGAUCAGCAAAGUGAGAUGUUGGAGUGUCAGGUUGCUGGGAACAUCAACAGGAAACCCAAGUGAGGAAGAUGACAUUAAACUGGAAUUCAGUUUUGAGUAUUGCUAUGGAAACGACACCUGGAAAUGGAUUACUAUUCACACACACCAGGCGUUUUUGCUGAGCACGUUCAUGCACCAAGUUGAGGCAGAGCAUGCAGCAAAGAAUCUUGACCUGGUUGAUGAAAUGGAGAUUGAAAUGCCUGAUGUGCAAAUUAAGAAGCAGAGUUUUCCCACGUACCUGAAGACUGACAAAGCCAGACCAGCACUGACAAGAAUCAAGUCCACAGUCCGGGGAAGCAAAGAAGACGACGUGUUUGAAGGCAUUCAGGAAAAGGACCUGUGAAUGAAGAAAACGUCCAGAUACUGUCAUUUUACAUUGUGGAAGAUAUUUGUUUCUGGGGUGCCCACUGCCAGCCUCCCAGAUCAUUGGUGAUAUAGUGAUGUUCAAUAUUUAUGUAAAGGUGGUCAGCAUAGGAUUUUGUUUAGACUGUUUUGGGGUGCCCUACAUCAUGGCUCAGCCAGGGGGGGGUACAAUAAUCUAUCCCCCACCCCCACAACACUGAGCCAUCCUUAAUCCCCAGUCCUGCUAACUGGAGAAAGAUCAUUUACUGUAAGACACGCACGCACGCACGCACACACUACUCCCCUCCCCUCCUGUUCUUUGCAGACUAACUGACCAAACAGCUGAAGCAACUGUACCUUAUUUGGCAGUGACUAAACAAACAAGGCACACAGACAUUUCACCAAGGCACCAACCACUCGGGACCACCAUGAGAUUGGAAUAUCAUAGUCAACUUUGUCAGGACUUAUUUUUAUUGGGUAAGCAGCACCAGCUGUUCAUCCAGAUCCAAUGUAAACACUACAUAUAUCCAUGUCUUUACGGCAGUGGAAGCUUUCUUCAUAUCCCUACCAUCGACCCAAUGUUAACAAAUGUUCCAGAGUAUACAAGGCGGAGAGUCCAGUAAAAAUGCUUUGCAACCAGUUUGAUGCUUGACCCUGAAACACUGUUAAUGGUUAAUGACCUAGUACUAGUGUACCGGAUUUUCUAUAGGGCAAGGCACGCAAACUGAGAGCUUUUUCUUUUCUGGUGUAGUACCACAUGUGACGUUUUAAAAUGAAAAUACACAAUACAAGAUGUUUCUUUCAAAAUUACACAUCUGAGAACCUCUUUAACCUUAGGCUUCAAGAACAGGUACAACUGUGGACUUUGUAGAUCCCCUAAUAAAAUACUGGACUGGACCUAGAGUUUACCCUCAUUGCAUUAAAAUAAGAUCAUUUUAAAUGAUGUAACCAUUAAAGAAUCAUAGAGUCAAGCAAAGUUUGUUUAGUGCUCAUCAUUAUUGCAGGACAUGGGUUCUUAAGAGUAGGCGAGAUGCAAAUAUUAAUUAUAUAUAUAUACACAUUACAUUUAUAUGCUUGGUUUGUUUUAGACUGUGAAGGCCUUCACACACCAGACGCGACACGAUUUUUACUGGAGCGACACGACAAAUUCUCUGAGAUCACUGUGCACACCAGAAGCGAUCACAGACACGACGCGACAGCCGGAAAUUUGUGGUGCGUGUGGGUGGUGCGUGUGGGUGGUGCAGUCAGACCAGGAAAUAAAACAAUAACAAUGGUGUACGUGCAAAACGGCGAUGCUGCGCUCGUAUUUAAUCAUUAACAAAAUAAACAGUUUAAACAAAAGAACAUACUAAACAAAGCAAAUGGCACUCUGGGCAAAGUAAAACAAACAACAAUUCUAAACAAGUAUAUUUUAGAUAUAGCAACUGUUUCUCUAUUCAUGACGAAUCACGUCUCACCUCUGACACUCUCCUGAAGCGCAGAAAGCUGCAGGUUUUUAUACAGGUGACCAUCUCCCGAUUAGCAACAAUUAAUCAAUGAAUUAACUUGGGAGAGGGUCACCUUCUGCACGAGGUUUUAAACAAAACACAAACGCACGGCUUUUCGCCGUUAUCUUAAAUAACAAAUAAUCAUGUCGGACGGCUUUCGUCCGUCCACACAUAAACACAAUAUAUUUAAUAAUAAUAGUAGUAAUAAUAGUAGUAAUAAUAAUAAUAAUAAUAAUAAUAAUAAUAAUAAUAAUAAUAAUAAUAAUAAUAAUAAUAAUAAUAAAUGAAUACCUACAUAAAUAAUAAAAUACACACAAGGGGUGGGCACCCGUCACAAAGUGAAACUGCUUGAUUUCAAACCACAUGACAUUAAGCUGUUUUCUGAUUGCUCAGUUGUGUAGUGGUCGCGCGACAAAUUCACAAAAUAGGACCAGGUUCUAUUUAUUGUUUCAUCGCUCGCUUUGGAAUUCGUGUCGUGGCGACGUCGCUUGUUGUGGCGUCUAAAGGGUGCUAUUGAAAAGCAUAGGUUUGACUGAUUUUCUCGUGUCACUUUGUCCUGUCGCUCUUUGCGUCGCGUCUAGUGUAUAAAGGCCCUUAGGCUGAGAGUCAAAAGCAAGUUUGCUGGACUUGUGUAAAAAAUAUUUAGGAUAUGAACUUCUUGGGGAAUAUGACUACAGUAAUAAAUACUGCUCAUGAUAAUAAUGUGUAAUGUGCAGUAGACAGCAAUGGAUGCCAACAUAUUUAUGUUUGUACUUUUGCUUAUAUGUUUAUUGAAACUUUCAGUAUUUUCUUAUUCAGUUAGUUAUAUCAAUUAAAUGUUAAGUAUAAUGGCCCUCGUGGACAGAGGUUGCCUACCUCUAUUAUAUAGUAAUCAUAAUCAUAUGUAUAAUCAUUGUUAAAACAUUUCCAUUCAUAUAGUCUACUAUAUAUUCUACAAUAUAUAUGUAUUCCUGCAGAGCAUAAUUACUAAGGGUUAUUCAGGGAUUAAAUAAAUAAAACAUUUUUACCUACUGUGUUGACAUACCAUAAAAA